UACAAUCUCUGCAAUUGUAGCUGAUUCAAAGAAUAUAUUUUUACUACUUAUUUGCUAUGUUUCGAGAAAUCGUUUUUACUUUAGCGUUAUUGUGUGUAACUUCAAAUGGUAAACCAUCUUCAGGUUUAAUAAGUGGUACGAAACCCUUAAUUUGUGGCCUGAACGAACACCCGUCUACUUGUGUUGAACCAUGUUUGCCGACCUGUGAACAACCAGAAGCACCACCUUGCACCUUUAAACUAUGUCUUGGAGGUUGCGUAUGUACGGAUGGAUACAUCAGGAAAAAAGAACGUGGUGAAUGUGUGCCAGUGAGCAGUUGUGUCACUCCAAGUGAUGUUAGCAGAAACAUAACGACUCCAGAGUGUGCCGACAAUGAAGUGUUAUCAAAAUGUGCAAGCAAUUGCCAAGCAACUUGUGCAAGAACUGAAAUAAGUGGGUGUACGAAAUUAUUUUGUGCCCACGGAUGUGUCUGUAAAGAUGGAUUUAUUAGAGAGAAACAAGGUGGAGGAUGUGUGUCUGUCGAAAAAUGCGCUGUAUGAAUUUAUCAUGUACAGUGACUAAACAAUACAGUGUAUAGUGUGUAAGUUUUUGUCCUGACUGUCACAGUUUGAUGUCAUUGCUAUUUUGUUGUAAUAUAUUUAAAAGAAAAUUAAAAAGUGAAUUUAUCCA